UAUUACCAACAACAUUUUAGCACUUCAAACAACUGCUUCACUGUUCCCAAUUCACUUCUUAUUUUCUUUCACUAAAUUUAGAAACUAUUAAAUUUAUUGUUUUAAUGGCAAAUUCUCUGUGUUUCACCCCCUUAGCUUCCUUGAAUGUCAAUAAACCAGGUCUAAUUAGUAGUAGUGGGAGUUGUGCUGGAAGAAAGAUCCAAUUGAUUAAAGAUGUUACCUACAGCUCCAAGAGUAACUUAAGAGUCGUGGAAGUGAAGGCCACUGACAGUGAUAAAGACACAAAAGUAAGGAGCAUAGUCUGUCAAAAUUGUGAUGGAAAUGGUGCAGUGGCGUGCUCACAAUGUAAAGGCACGGGGAUUAACUCUAUAGAUCAUUUCAACGGGCGGUUCAAAGCUGGCGGACUAUGUUGGCUAUGCAGAGGUAAAAAAGAUAUGUUAUGUGGUGAUUGCAAUGGUGCUGGAUUUCUUGGUGGAUUUAUGAGUACGUUCGAUGAGUAGACUUCAUAUGCACUGGUCUCAGAGUGUAGGUUCAGGAGGCAAAUUCAGAGUUUAAAUUUGAUGGGUUCAAUUUUUAAAAUUGUCAGUAUAUUGACUUCAUUGUACUUCUAAUUAUGUGUUCAGAAUUUAAUAUUUAUAGAAAUUUUUGUAACUUUUCA